AGCUGCAGGUGUCUCCAAUAAGUACAAUGAGUUCAGAACCGUCUGUUUAAGAACCAUCUCUUGUCUUUUCUGAGGGCUAGUUGCUGAAAGCUGAACUGCUCUUUAGAGGCAAACAUGGUCCUGGGAGUCUGCUUGAGGGUGUCAUGGUUCUUCCUGCUUAUUUGCCUUGGGAAUUGUUUCCCUACAGACCAUGGUAACACAACUUCAUUAAGUCUUGGAUCACUAGAUAUUCCAGACCCCGAGUUGGCAGCCUCUUCUGCUGCAAAUGAGUCGGCCUCAGACCUUGAACCUUCUGAAGAGCCUUCCGAUUCCAACUCCACCAAUGCCAAGGAUGUUAUUUCACCAAGGGCGUCCUAUGCUGGCCCUCCCUUGUCCUCUGGGGAGAAGUCAGCUGGCUUGUCAAACCUGCAACCUCUAGGUUCAACUCCUGGAGGUUUUCCUCAAUCAUCCAAUCCCUGGUUUAGGCCGCCUUUAUUCGAUGAAGCUGUAUAUACUGGCACUGGCUCUCAUCCGUACACCUAUGGACCUGGGCCCAUGGGAUUUCCUUAUUACAGUUAUGAUGGUGUGCAUGCAGAAGCUCCUCCCUAUGGCUACGUUACUGCUGGGUCUCCUCAUUAUUAUAGUUAUGCUACUGGGGCUUCUCCUCCCCUUAGCUAUGUUUAUGGUCCAUACGAUCGCAGGAUGCCUAUAGCUCCUCCAUAUGGUAUGGGCCGUCCUCCUGCUUAUGGAUACUUGCCCCGUCAGACUUCAAUAUUGGAUCCUGAAUUGUUUCUGAUUGGAAACAUAAUAAUGAAGGUUCGGGAAAUGCCGCUUGCUAAGGCCUGGAUGACUCCUGAGGUGCCAGUGAGUGAGAAACCGCCUGUGUACCCUAUAUCUCGCCUCAUGCAGUCAAAUGCAGGCUAUCAUCGAACAAAAGACCUCCUUUCUAACAGCCAGUACUCUAAAGAAGAUUUGAAGCCCACUCCUAUACUGGAGACACAGCAGCAGGUUGUUCCGGAAACUGGCUUUUAGAUGGCAAACUGCCUUUGGGGGAACUUUUCAUCAGCCUGUGGGGAAGUUCUCAAUAAAACUAAUGGAAAUUUUCAAA